AUGCACGAUCAGGAUUUAGCUGUCACAAAUUUAUGCGGCCAUUGGGGUGAGAUGUUAGUUUUUGAGCACAAUCAUCAUAGCUAUAGUGAGAACAAAAAGUGGGAGCAUAUGCAACACCAUUUUACAUGGUUUAUAGUGGUUGCUGUGUUGACCCACUAUCUUCAUGUUAAAGUUCUGAUGUUUUUGCCUGCCAACUCUAGUGUAAUUUACAUAGAGAAUCACAUAAAGCUAGAAUCCGGCCCAAAGGAGAGUUUCCUACUUGCCACACCAAAAGACAUACAACCUGACCCAACAUAUAUACACUUUGAGAGAUCGAUGGUGAGGCUUUUGAAAGAGGUGCUCAUUGUGGAUGGAAGUGGUGGUAUUGAUGGUUCUUGUCUUGUAGUACUCUUGUGGGCAGUUUUGCUGACCCUCUCUCUACUUUCAGCCUUAAUCUUCUCUUGUGCAGAUGGUGUAUCAAAGGACAAAUCAUCUGAAGUUGAUUCGACCGUCUAUGGCGGAGGAUGUGCAGCUGGAUGUGGUGCAGCUUGUGGUGGAUAA